AUGAAAAAAAAUUUUCACUAUUUCUUUGAUUGUAACAUUAACGCAAACAUUUCUCUUUUUGCAUAUACACACACUUCAGUCGGGCUUAUUAUUGACAAAAUGGCUGUCCCGUACUUAAAUCGUGAUUAUGAAAAAAAUAUUAUAAGUGAAGUUGAAAGUUUGUUUGUUGAUUAUUUAACAAGACACAAGCUUUCCAAGACUCUAGAUGCUUUUAUGCAGGAAUGUAUUUGUUAUAAGAAAAAUUAUUCUCAGACAUCUGAUAGAUCUUUAAUACAAAAUUCGCAUUCAACAAUUGAGGAUUUGGUUAUGAACGCAAAUUUCAGAGAGAAUGCAAACAAAAAGUACCUGUUUUCUACAUGCAAAAGUUUUGUAGAUGCUAUUGCUGAAAAUUCUCAUAGACUUAUUAAUCUUAUUUGUGAGAAUUCUAUAUCUGCAAACACUAAGGAAGAUUUAAAUGAUUUUAAGAACCGUCAACAUUUUUCUCAUCCUUUUAUUAGUGAAGGAAACUUAAAUAACAACAGGACAUUUAUUUAUUCACAAGGCUCUGUACACAAUGGCAGUAUUUCACAUGAUAGUAGUGGCGCUAUGUCCUACGAGACACCAUAUUCUUCUCGAUUUGUUUCAAACACGUGUAGUUCAAAUAUUGUACCGUCUAAUUUACCUAAUGUUACACUCUAUCCGCAUAAUGGGCAAUCUUUUAUGUACAGAUCAGAAAGUUUUGCAUUAAGUUCUGGAGAGGGAAAUGGUUUUCGUCCUAUUGAUGGAUCUUGUUUAACAAGUCCUGGAAACAGAGUAAACGUAAAUUGUGAUGGAUCUAUGGAUUAUGGUAGCUAUUUUGUUCCAAAUGGUUCUUCAACACCAAGAAUUAUUGGAAAUGAUUUGGGUGUUAAAAAAGGAACUCAUGUUGUUAUUCAAGGUGGUAAUUUACCAACUCCAAAUUAUUUCUUAAAUAGUAAUAGCAACAAGUUUAUGCAUGGUAGUGAUGAUCAUAUCAGUCCUUCACAAUAUGGUGGACAUUUGCAUAUAGAAAACAAAAAUAUUCUGAAUGAUAACAGAAUGCAAAAUUUUUCCGGUCAUUCUCCUAACACUCCAAGUGGUGUUACUUCAAACAGCAGUGUAGAAGUAAAGGAGAAAAAAUCUCGUGCUAAUUCUUCUCUAAAAUCUACAGCGAAAAGUAGAAUUCUCAAAGAAGGAAAUAGAGCAAGCACUGUUUCUAAAAGAAAAAACGAUUCUCCCGGUGAAGGAAAUGGAAAGAAAGUGCAGAAACUUGACAAUGGAGACGGUUAUAGAUCUGGGGUAUUAGACUUUCAAACAACAGUAAGUCCAUCUCAAUUUAGAAAAGCUGCAAGAGAUGUUGACUUGGAAAAGGAACCUCAUUUGGCAAAACAGUAUUCUCCAAUUUCUAAUCAGGUCGGGAAACAUUUUAAACCUGAAAAUUUAUUAAAUGUAUCAAAAUUUAAAAAUGAAAAGAUACAAUCAAUUAGCGGCAGAAAGGAGCAGUUUGUACAAAUAUCUGGAAGAACUUUAAAUUCUUCAUUAAAUAUAUCAGGAUUUGGGAAAAAAAAUGCUGAUAAGAAUAAGGUCACAUCUUCAAAGGAUAGUGUAUUUAAAUCUCCAAAUCAGAUUAAUUCACCAAAAAAUGACGACAAUUUAAUGAAAGACAGCUCAAAGGUUUCUUCUUCUCAAGAUCAAAGCAGUGUUAAUUCCAACAAUUUUGAGGAUAAUGUUGGUGAUUCAACUGGUGUUGAUAGGCAUUAUAAUCCUUAUGAAUUGUGUCAGGUUGAUAAUUCUUUAGAAUUUAAUUCGGAAUGUAACUUUGAUCUUGAUUCAAACGUGUUUUAUGAUCCCGGUAGAGACUUGGAGCUUUUUGAUGAAAUCGGGUCUCUUUUCUUUCCAUCAAAGAUAGUUUUAAGAAGUAGAAUUUUGAAAUGUAGAAAUUUGUGUUCUGAUGUAAAAGAGGAAAUAGAUCAAUCAUUUCUUGAAAUGGAUAUAAAUGCAACGUCAUCAGCUAUUGAUCAGCAUUCCUUUUUAGUUAUACACCCUAAAAUACGUUGGGGGCAAAAUGCUACGCCUCCUAAAGAGAGGAAUGAUGAAUUACAGCUUGAAGAAGCAAUAUCAUUAAUAAAAUCAAUACCCGGUUUUUCGGUAUCUCAAUCUGCUAUUGUUGGGACUGAUUAUACAUUAAAAAAGAAACUUAUCUGGGGUAAAGGACGAAUUGAAAACUUGUUACAAUUAAAAUCAUCAUGUAGAGUUUCAGCCAUGAUGGUUAAUGUUGAUUGUCUUACACCCCUUCAACAAUCAGAAUUGUAUAAUGUUUUUCAGAUUCCUAUUUAUGAUAGAUAUAAUAUUGUUUUAAAAAUAUUUAGACUUUAUGCUAAAACUAAGUUAGCUUAUUAUCAAAUUCAACUUGCUGAAAUACCUUAUAUUAAACAUCGCUUGCAUUAUUUAAAUAAUAGUUCAUGUAAUCCAGAUAUUUUACAUGUAUCAAGUGCAUUAAAUGCUUUAUCAAAAUCAGGUCUUGAUCAAAAAGAAGCAUUAAGACUUCGUGAACAAGCAUUAAGGAAAAAAAUUAAAAAUUGUAUUGAAGCAAGUAAAACUGAAAUUGUUGAGAAAAAAAAUCGUCAAGAUAAGAAAAAUGCUUAUAAUUCUUUAACUGCUGCUGUUAUUGGAUAUACAAAUGUUGGCAAAACAACAUUCAUCAAGAGAUUAACAGGGUCAUCUCAAUUAAAUCCUGAAGAUAGACUUUUUGCUACACUCGAUACAACGAUUCACUCUUUUUUACUACCAUCUAAAAACAAAAUUUUUAUUGCUGAUACAAUUGGUUUUAUGGGUUCUUUGCCAGUAGGCUUGUUUGAAUCAUUUUCAGCCACUUUAAUGCAUGCAAUAUCUGCUGAUUUACUAAUACACCUUUAUGAUUUAUCACACCCUGAUGUUUUAGCACAAAAAAAGAAUGUUCUCAAAAGUUUAAUUGAUUUAAAUUUUCCAGAUGAACUGAUUAAAAAUAUGAUUAAUGUUGGUAAUAAAAUAGAUAAAAUUUCAGAUAAUGAUAAAUUUGAACUAACUGAAAAUGGAAUAUUAAAUAAUAAUGAUUUAGUUAUUAGUUGUACCACUGGAUAUGGAAUAGAAGAAUUAAUUUCGAAAAUAGAUAAAACAAUAAUGAACAUGAACAAUUCUCGUAUGAGACGAUUUAAAUUAAAACCUGAAUCAAAAAUAAUAUCUUAUUUUUAUGAGAAUAAUUUAGUUACUAAAGAACCUGUUGUCUCAGAAUGUGGGAAAUAUCUAAUUUUUGAUGUUUAUUUAAACGACAAUCAAUUGAACAAGCUUACCAAACACAUGAAUUUAAAAAAGAAACAAUAA